GACCGCAAGUACGUCAAAUUAACAAUCGGAAAAUCUACAAGGCUCCAGCUUCCCCUACAAAUACGGGAGCCUGCCCGCCUUCGUUCUUCACCAGCCACCCAUACCGCAAGAGGAAGCAAAGCAAUUUCCAAAGCAAAUCAGUUUUACACAGCAGAGUUCUGCAGCUAGCCGAUCGGCAAUGGCGACCAAGAUCUACAUCGUGUACUAUUCAACAUGGGGACACGUCGCCACGCUGGCGGAGGAGAUCAAGAAAGGCGCCGACUCCGUCCCCGGCGUCGAGGUCACCGUCUGGCGGGUGCCGGAGACGCUGCCGGAGGAGGUGCUGGGGAAGAUGCACGCGGCGCCCGGGCGCGAGGACCACCCCGUCAUAACGGCGCGGCAGCUGGCCGAGGCCGACGGCGUGCUGUUCGGCUUCCCGACGCGGUUCGGCAUGAUGGCGGCGCAGAUGAAGGCCUUCUUCGACUCCACCGGCGGCCUCUGGCAGGAGGGGGCCCUCGCCGGCAAGCCCGCGGGCGUCUUCUUCGCCACGGGCACGCAGGGCGGCGGCCAGGAGACCACGGCCCUCACGGCCGUGACGCAGCUCACGCACCACGGCAUGCUCUUCGUGCCCGUCGGCUACACGCACGGCGCUGGCAUGUUCGCCAUGGAUGAGGUCAAGGGCGGCAGCCCGUACGGAGCCGGCACCUUCGCCGGCGCUGAUGGCAGCAGGACGCCCACCGAUGCCGAGCUCGCCUUGGCGGAGCACCAGGGGAAGUACUUCGCCGGCAUCGCCAAGAAGCUCAAGGCCGUCGUCUGAACUGCUCACGGCACGGCGGUGCGGGAUUGCACAUCGUGUAUGGAUGGACUAGCACAUAUGCCCGUGCGUUAUAAUAGGAAGAUAAUUGUUUUUGCAACAAGCGGUGGAAAAUGUAAUUGAUGUUUUCAUAAUAACGAUCUCCACGGCGGUGGGUGACAGAGCGA